ACCUGAUUUAGCUACUGCUAUACCAGCUCCUAUAUAUAAAAAAAUAAUAGAUUGCUAUUGAGCCAAUAUGAUUUGUAUACAAUUGGGUUCAGUGGAAAUAAAUGUGACUAGGGCAUUCACAGUCAGCAGUAAUGAUCCAGUAUUGAAUUCUGCCUAGGUACCUACAAUAUUACUGUUUCAGUGGGUGUUCCUGCUCUGACCAGUCUGUCUUUAUUACAGAGCUGUAAUGUGCAGACCAGAAGAAGCGCAUUUGAAGGACAUUUUGUUUGACUAACAAGGAGGUAAAUUGAAUUCUUCAAAAGAGACGCAGACAGUGUCGGUGUCAGAAGCUUGGAAAAUAGUCUGCUUUCAGACGCUUUGGUGGUCGCAGAAGGCAUGGACUCACUUACACUGCAGAGAAACUACCAAUGUGACCAAUGUGGAAAGAGUUUCAGUGACUCAGAUGUUUACAAGAGACAUCUACGAAUCCACACUGGAGAGAAGCCACACCAGUGUGAUCACUGUAAAAGGGCUUUCGGUCGCUUAAGUAGUUAUAAGAGACACUUACGAGUCCACACUGGAGAGAAACCAUUCCAGUGUGAACAAUGCGGAGACAGUUUCACUUGGUUAAGUAGUUACAAGGACCACCAGCGUUCCCACACCGGAGAGAAGCCAUACCAGUGUGACCAAUGUGGAAACAGCUUCACACGGUUAAGUAGUUAUAAAGACCACCAGCGUGUGCACACUGGAGAGAAACCAUACCAGUGUGAUCAGUGUGAAAAGGCUUUCAGUCGCCUAAGUGAUUACAAGAGACACCAGCUUAACCAUACUGGAGAGAAGCCACACCAGUGUGAACAAUGUGAGAAAAGCUUCUGUUUAUUAGGGGAUUACAAGAGACACCUGCGGAUCCACACAGGAGAGAAGCCAUACCAGUGUGAACAAUGUGGAAACAGUUUCACUUUGUUAAGUAGUUACAAGGACCACCAACGUGUCCAUACUGGAGAAAAGCCAUACCGCUGUGAACAGUGUGGGAAGAGUUUUAGUAGCCUAAGUUACUACAAGAGACACCUGCGUGUGCACACUGGGGAGAAGCCUUACCACUGUGAACAAUGUGGGAAGAGUUUCCGUCUCUUAAAUGUUUACAAGAUACACCUGCGUGUCCACACUGGAGAAAAGCCUUACUGCUGUGAACUAUGUGGGAAGAGUUUUAGUUGCCCAAAUUACUACAAGACACACCUGCGUAUACACACUGGGGAGAAGCCAUUCCGGUGUGAACAGUGUGGGAAAAGUUUCCGUGUCUCAAGUGAGUACAAGACACAUCUGCGUGUCCACACUGGAGAGAAACCAUAUUGGUGUUCUCGAUGUAAAAGAUUAUUUGCUUGGGCAAAAUCCUUGAAAGUACACCGUUGUGUUGCUGUAGAAGAAGAGAGCUUUGAUUGAGUGAAAAAUAUUAUUUUUCCAGCCCAGAAUAGUGCCGGAGUCCACCACUCAAAAAUCUGAUUGCCAAAGUUAGUUGCCACAGUCUGUACAUAGCCUCACAUGCAUACAUACAUACAUGCACAGCAUAAACACAAGAUAGACAUUCAAAACAGCAGCAACAUUUGUACAAAUAUCCAAUUUAUUUAAUUAUAAAUUAUAUAAUAUAAAAAUAUUUACACAUAAUGGCUACAGAAGUGUUUUGUUGAGUAAUGCUAUGGCAGACGACAUAGCGAGCCCUUUUACGAAGGGCAAUGUAAAAAAUGGGUUGGUGGGUACCUGGUGUGUAUCUGCUAUGGUGUGUGCUCUGCGUGCUUUGCUGUUCAGGUCUGAGAGGUUGUGGAUGGGGUGACGUUCAGCUGCAGAUAGCUGUUUGUGCACUACUGUGUGAAGUGGGAGAUGCAGUCUAAAUAGCCCAAAACAGAGUUAUUGUCAUUAAGGAGUGCGAGGAUCACAUUGUCAUUUGAACAUUUGAUGUAUGUGGUGAUAGGUGAGGGUCUGAUCCAGUCAUUGGUGUAGUGGGUAAACCAUUCAACACGGGGUAGCUUUUUUGUGAAGCAACUACAGGACGCAGGAAUGUGUUUGUUAUCACUAAUAGCUCUAACUGCACUGAAGUAUGAAGUUACAUGAAAUACUUCAAAUGAGGAUUAACGUUCACAGUUUCUCUUGACUGUCCCUCAAUAUUAAACCAUUAGUCCAACAUCACCACAACCUUUUAACCAUAUUACCCAUGCAACAUGCUAACGCCAAGUUCAACAGACUAACCUACAAAACAAACAAACAACAUAAAACAUGGCAGAACUUCAAAGUUUGAAGUUGGUCACAAGCAGCCAAAACAGGGUAUUGAUCCAUGUUGGAGCUUGAAUUGUUAAUUAAUUUAGUGUAAUGUGCACCCAAACAUUCUGUUGUGGGGAUAUUUCCAUUACAUAUCUAUAGAAAAUAAAGUGAAUCCACUGGGUCUUCACUUCUUCAGAUGAUGGGAGUCGAUAAAUGCUCUCUAUGCAGGCAACAACAGAGCAGUUCCCGUGCUCAUCUCUUAGAGACAUUCCAGUUUUCCAGUCGUUCUAGGGACAUGUCCAAAAAAGUUAAUCCAUUGUGUCUUCUCCGCUUCCUAAGAUGGUGGGAGUCUUUUGGCCGGUAUCAUGUGUAGUUAGUUAGCCUAAUAAUGUGUGACCUAUAAGAUAUGUUGCCAGGACAAUUUAAAAGAAAAGUUAAAUUAUGCUAACGAUUGGUUUUGCCUCUGCUGUCACUGAGAGGUUCACUGAGUGCUCUCCAUCCGUCUGUGGCUUAUGUAUAAGUGUGUGUUCUUUGCUUAUCUCAACAAUCAUUCAUCUGAUCGACCCUAAUGUUGGUGGGUGUAUUUCUGGGGACGCAAGCAGACAUAAUGUCAAAUUCUGUGCAAUUUGGACAUGCUACACUUUUAACAAUAUUUAUACUUUAAAUAAACAUGUGAACAGCUCUGGUUUCACUGCCGCUCAGUCCUUAGCAAUACCAGUUGAUAUCAAUGCAUCAUGUUGUAUGUGCUCAUACGAAUAUGUCUGCAGACAGAAGUUGGAUAGUAUUGUGUGUACGAAACAAAAGACAGAAGUGCUAAUAAACAGAUUACUGACAGAUUUCCUUGUGUAGAAGCGGCUGUGGCUCAGUAGGUAGAGUCUGUCCUUUACUAAUUGUAGGGUCAGUUCCUAGCGCCUCUUCUCAACAUACAUGUUGGAGCCAUGAAUGAAUAAUCAUGAAUUCAUUUUGCAAUAUGAGGUGAUGUUUAUAUUUUGGAGGUAUUUAAUUAGUUAGUGUCUUUGACAUCAUUGCAAAAUUUAGUUUAUUAUCGUUUGAUUGCGGUGAUUUUUUUAAAUUUGGGUCACAUUGGCCAAUUAUGGGCAAUGACACUUACUAACAUAGAGCACCUUUUCACCUGUGUUUGUGUCAUAUGUGGUUGAGAGGGUAAGCAUGGUCACCAUAUUUUUUGUUGGCCGCUAUUUUAUGUUUAAUCACUGUGAUUACUUUGAAGAGAAACUCCACCCUAUAAUGUGUUUCGAGCUGUAAACUCCAUUAUAUGACAGUAUCGUAAACAACACAUCAGUGCUGGUGUUACAAUUGACAUUAUUAUAAGUAUUAUAAGAUAUGAAAAUCUGCAUUUCAUGGGUUGAAAUGUCUCUACAAAUCACCCUGAGCCCUUUUAAGUCCAAUGCUGAGAUAGUUUUGGGGCAACUAUACUUCAUGACAUUUAUAUGAAAAAACAGUGUUUACGCCCUCUAUUUAGAGGAGAGCAGCCCACCACCCCCAACCUGCGCUUUGAAUGGGAGUUUGUGAAACUGCUGUGCUCUUUUUUAGACGUUUACUGUUGGAGACACGACAUUCACAGGAGUUUAUGCAAUUUUUUGCUAACCUACUAGUAUGUUUCUAUUCUGGUGCAGUGGUUUGGACUUUUAGAUGGCUGUAGAAACACCAACGGACAGCAAUCCCACACACUGACAGUCAGUAUGUGACACACAUACCUGACAGUUAGCCUCUCUGAGCCGUUAGCUUGUUAUUGUAAUCAAUAGAGUUGAUUGUAUGUUUAGUGCUGCUAUAAUAUAAUAA